GCUUUUUGGUGUCCCUGGAUGACUUUUACAUACUAGGCAGCGGCUUGGUAAUGUUGCAGACUACCAACAGUGUGUUCAACCAAACUCUCAUGAAGCAAGUGGUGCCUGAAUCUCUGUUAGCUUGGCAGAGGGUCCGCAUUGCUAACAUGAUGGCAGAUGGUGGCAAAACUUGGGCAGAAAUCUUCUCAAAGUGCAACUCUGGGACCUACAACAAUCAGUACAUGGUGCUGGACCUGAAGAAAGUUAGACUGCAGAAGAGUCUUGAUGAGGGUGCCUUGUACAUUGUUGAGCAGAUCCCAACCCUUGUGGAGUAUUCUGAUCAAACAAAUGUUCUCCGGAAAGGUUACUGGCCUUCAUACAAUAUCCCUUUCCAUGAAAAGAUUUACAAUCUCAGUGGGUAUGCGGCAUACGUUCAGAAGUAUGGCAUGGAUUUCUCUUAUGAGCUUGCUCCAAGAGCAAAAAUCUUCCGUCGAGACCAGGGCAAGGUGAUCAACUUGGAAAGCAUGAAGUACAUCAUGAGAUACAACAACUACCAGCGUGAUCCUUAUGCCGAACACAAUCCUUGCAACACCAUUUGCUGCCGGGAAGACCUGAAUCCUUCUUUUCCAGUGCCUGCGGGCUGCUAUGACUCCAAGGUGUCAGAUUUCCGCCUGGCUUCAGCGUUCACAGCCGCUGCAAUCAAUGGCCCCCCAGUACAGGGCGGCCUCCCUGUCUUCACCUGGAGACGGUUUAACCACACGCGACACCAGGGACUGCCAGAAUCAUACAACUUCAGUUUCGUCACCAUGAGGCCGAUCCUGUAAAACCAGCAUCAGUAUUCACAAAUGGUUUUUUUUUAAUGGAAAUUUUAUUUCCCAUGUGUAAUAAAACGACCUGGAUGUCCACAUCCC